ACUGAGGGGAACUGAUUCAGAAUAUGUCGUUAUUGUGAUUUUUGUAGAAAAUAUUAAUUGUUGCUGAUGCUCUGUAUAUUUACUAUUUUUAGUUGACCUGAAACUAGUGCGGGGAAGUGCGCGCCUGUUAUGAGUGUGACUUCCUGUUAUUAAUUGGUCAGCUGCUCGAGAUGAUGUAUUGUCUAGUUUCCUGACUGUGGACGUAAUCGGAUCAUGGAAGACACAGUUGGACGCGGAGGCUAUUCAAUUAACUCAGAAAGAAUAUUAAUAGACGAAGCUGAGAAUGGGGAAUCACGCGGAAGAAGCAAAAUGGGGAAAGGAACUCGCAAAGAUGGAGAUGUAGCUACAGCAAGAAGGCAGCCGAUUCGUCAGUAUUCUAUAAGCGGCCCUGCUGAUGAAGGUGAUGAUGAGACCAAGGCACUACUCAGUCGCUACAAGUACUACAACAAACUGGCUCCACACCAUGAAAGUGUGCUGCAAAUGCCAGAACAUGGUCCCGAAAACUACUGGAUCCAGAUACUUAUCCCAGUCAAGGGAAAACAGAGUAGCAUCAUCACCAUUUUCUCCCUGUGGAACACAAUGAUGGGGACUUCUAUACUAGCAAUGCCUUGGGCCAUCAAGCAGGCUGGCUUUGUCUGUGGCAUAGUCCUGUUGGCUGCCAUGGCGCUCAUGUUAUACACCAGCUAUAGAAUACUCAAGUCUGGCGAGGGAAUCGCUGGUUCUAGUGAAACGUUUGAGUUUUCUGAUGUUUGUGGGUACUAUCUGGGCCGAUGGGCAGAAAUAGGAGCAGUUUUCUGCUCCUUGUUGUCGCUGCUAGGUGGCGCUCUUGUCUACUGGAUUCUCAUGUCCAACUUCCUCUACAAUGUUGUCUCAUUUAUAUACUACAAAUUUGAUGAUGCUGACAAUUCUACAGUGCCACUGGUCAACUCGACAGACCCCUCAGAUGCUGUAUGCUCCAGCAGUGCUGGGGGCAACAGGUCCCUGGGUACAGGUGUGUUAGGGGAGACAGCACACAGCACCUUCAGCAGAUACUGGGAUGAGCAGUAUACUGUGCCUUUCUUCCUCAUUGUCAUCCUUGGGCCACUUCUUAACUUCAAGUCUCCAACAUUCUUUACCAAGUUUAAUGCUCUGGGAACAAUAUCUGUGGCUUACCUGGUGUGUUUUGUGGCUGUGAAGACAUCCCAUUGGAAGUUCAACAUCAAUUUUAACCCAGAUGAAGCCUUGUCCUUUGAUUAUGUUGAAAACUUCAAGCUGACAUUUCCAGCCUUGACUGGUAUAGCAGCUCUGGCCUAUUUUGUUCAAAACUGUUGCCUGGCAAUCUGUAGAAACCAGAAACAUCCAGAAAAUAAUGUUCGAGAUUUGACAAUAGCCUAUAUCCUGGUAGCUGCUACCUACAUCUACAUUGGUGCCAUGUUUUAUGCAUCUUUCCCACUGGACAAAUCUUGUAUAGAGGAUAAUCUGCUCAACAACAUUAACACAACUGACGUUAUGGCAUUCGUGGCACGCAUCGGCCUGUUCUUCCAGAUGCUCACUGUGUUCCCUCUGCUGCUGUUUAUAUUCAGAAUUCAGUUCCUGCAGGCAAUCUUCAAGUCAGUCUGGCCAAGUUGGCGCCAUGUCCUGCUGCUCAAUCUGGUGCUGAUGUCUGUAUGUAUAGUAUUUGCUGUCUUUGAACCGCACAUUGGAAGGAUCAUUGGGUUUGUUGGAGCAUUUUGUGGGUUCUCAUAUGCCAUAGCAUUGCCCUGCCUGGUGCACAUGCGAGAGCUCUAUACGGGCCAGACAGGAAGUUACCUCUCGUGGCCAUCUGCAAUAUUUCACUCCAUGCUCAUUCUUCUCGGGUUUGCCAACUUUCUUGGACAGUUCCUUAUCAUUGGCCACACGACAUAGGACCACUGGCAGCUCCUUAUCAUUGGCCACACAACAUAGGACCACUGGCAGUUCCUUAUCAUUGGCCACACGACAUAGGACCACUGGCAGCUCCUUAUCAUUGGCCACACGACAUAGGACCACUGGCAGUUCCUUAUCAUUGGCCACACAACAUAGUAGACGUGAUCUGCCUAUGUUCCACAUAUACUACAACAUAUGUACCCUCAUUAGUACAGUGUAGUUUAUAUCCAUUCAGUUAUGAUAAAUAGGCUGCACUCCACCCUGACUUUAUGUCUGAAGUAGUGUCACUACCUCCAUCUCUCCUGUGAUACAACGCUAUCAUUUUGGGACAUCAGAAUAUUGGAUGGCAUUGAUAGUGAAACAUAUUGUUCCCAACAAUACGCCAUUAUGACAUAA